AUGCUCCUCAGAUUGACGUUUGGCGGAAUGUUCACAUUUCUGAAGAUGGGAACCGAAUGCGUGGAGGGAGAGGUCAAUACUUCAACCGCGAAGAGCGUCAUCCGCAACAAUGCGCUCUACUUGGUGAAGCUGGGCGACUCCGCGUAUCUCAACGUGUCGAAAGGACGGCUGGGCGUCUCUACCUGCUCCGUGCCUUUCUAUUUUCAAUGCGACGGGUCGGCGGCGAAGGUGACUACCCAUCAGAGCGUACGGAUUCGGGCACGGACGUCAGAGGCUAUGGGAGGACUACACUUCUGGCAGCAGAAUAGACAAGGCAACCUCUACGCGAACCGGCUCUCCGGCCUUUCCAGGCAUAAUGAGACGUUGAGCUAUGACGGCGAGCGUCGGGUGUUGAGCACUUCUACGGCACUGCACGCCUUCGAGCUGCCCGAACGUGCACCGGCCCGUGGGCCACCGAAUCUGAGAGGACUCGGCAUCAAUAAUACCGGGAUCUGGUUGGAGGGCGAUUACGGAAACGCAAGUAUUCGUCUCCAUGGCGAGCCUACUGAUUUGCCGAAAAGCGCCACG